CUGAGCUCCUACAUAAAUGCCCGAAACAGUGAUUAUCAGACCAGUUUCUCAAAUCAGAACCAUCAUAUUAGAGUAUAGAGUAUAGAGACGACCAUUAACAGGACCAUUUCAUAUCUGUACAUCAUUAACAAUGGGCAUCUUCUACAAAGUUGUUCUUAUUUCUUUAGUGUUAAACAUAUGGAGAGGCGCUGAAGGCUGGUCAUACCAUUCCUCAACAAACACUAUGAACUGGGAAUCUGCCAGACACUGGUGCAAGCAGCAUUACACCGACAUGGUAGCCAUCCAGAACAAAGAUGAAAUUUAUCACCUCAACAGUAUCCUUCCAAAAGUCAGUGGAUAUUACUGGAUUGGCAUUCGCAAAAUUAAUGGCAUUUGGACCUGGGUGGGAACUAAUAAGAUGCUUACCAAGGAAGCUGAGAACUGGGCGAAGAAUGAGCCCAAUAAUGGAAGAAAUAAUGAAGAUUGUGUGGAAAUAUACAUUAAAAGAGUGAAAGAUGAAGGUAAAUGGAAUGAUGAAUCCUGCUUAAAGAAGAAGACUGCACUGUGCUACACAGCAUCCUGCAAAGACGACUCCUGUGUCAGUGGCCGAGGAGAGUGUGUUGAAACCAUAAACAGCCAUAAAUGCACAUGCCUUGGGGGUUUCUAUGGAGACCGAUGUGAACAUGUUGUAAAAUGCAAAUCAGAGGACAUCACCGCACCAGAUCAUGCUAGUGUCCAGUGCUCCCAUCCUCAUAAAAACUUCUCAUAUGACUCUCAAUGUGUAUACUCCUGUGAGGAGGGUUAUGAACUAAAGGGUUCCAGAACAACAAGAUGCACUUCUAGCACAGAGUGGUCAAACAAACCACCAACCUGUGAACUUGUUCAAUGUCCAGAGCUGACCAAGCCACAGGAAGGCCAAAUGCAAUGCCAACAUCCCAUGGGCCAGUUCAGCUACCAAUCCACCUGUGAGUUUAUGUGUAAAGAAGGACACACGCUGCGAAACUCCAGCUCUUCCACACUGUUCUGUGGGGCAACGGGACACUGGAAUGAUUCACAACCCACUUGUGAAAUUGUAAAAUGCAAACAAGAGGACAUCACCCCACCAGAUCAUGCUAGGGUCCAGUGCUCCCAUCCUCAUAAAAACUUCUCAUAUGACUCUGAAUGUGAAUAUUUCUGUGAGGAGGGUUAUGAACUAAAGGGCUCCACAACAACAAGAUGCACUUCUAGCACAGAGUGGUCAAACAAACCACCAACAUGUGAACUUGUUCAAUGUCCAGAGCUGACCAAACCACAGGAAGGCCAAAUGCAAUGCCAACAUCCCAUGGGCCGGUUCAGCUACCAAUCCACCUGUGAGUUUAUGUGUAAAGAAGGACACACGCUGCGAAACUCCAGCUCUUCCACACUGUUCUGUGGGGCAACGGGACGCUGGAAUGAUUCACAACCCUCUUGUGAAAUUGUAAAAUGCAAACAAGAGGACAUCACCCCACCAGAUCAUGCUAGGGUCCAGUGCUCCCAUCCUCAUAAAAACUUCUCAUAUGACUCUGAAUGUGAAUAUUUCUGUGAGGAGGGUUAUGAACUAAAGGGCUCCACAACAACAAGAUGCACUUCUAGCACAGAGUGGUCAAACAAACCACCAACAUGUGAACUUGUUCAAUGUCCAGAGCUGACCAAACCACAGGAAGGCCAAAUGCAAUGCCAACAUCCCAUGGGCCGGUUCAGCUACCAAUCCACCUGUGAGUUUAUGUGUAAAGAAGGACACACGCUGCGAAACUCCAGCUCUUCCACACUGUUCUGUGGGGCAACGGGACGCUGGAAUGAUUCACAACCCACUUGUGAAAUUGUAAAAUGCAAACAAGAGGACAUCAACGCACCAGAUCAUGCGAGCGUCCAGUGCUCCCAUCCUCAUAAAAACUUCUCAUAUGACUCUGAAUGUGAAUAUUUCUGUGAGGAGGGUUAUGAACUAAAGGGUUCCAGAAAGACAAGAUGCACUUCUAGCACAGAGUGGUCAAACAAACCACCAACAUGUGAACUUGUUCAAUGUCCAGAGCUGACCAAGCCACAGGAAGGCCAAAUGCAAUGCCUCCAUCCCAUGGGCCGGUUCAGCUACCAAUCCACCUGUGAGUUUAUGUGUAAAGAAGGACACACGCUGCAAAACUCCAGCUCUUCAACACUGUUCUGUGGGGCAACGGGACGCUGGAAUGAUUCACAACCCUCUUGUGAAAUUGUAAAAUGCAAACAAGAGGACAUCACCCCGCCAGAUCAUGCGAGCGUCCAGUGCUCCCAUCCUCAUAAAAACUUCUCAUAUGACUCUGAAUGUGAAUAUUUCUGUGAGGAGGGUUAUGAACUAAAGGGUUCCAGAAAGACAAGAUGCACUUCUAGCACAGAGUGGUCAAACAAACCACCAACAUGUGAACUUGUUCAAUGUCCAGAGCUGACCAAACCACAGGAAGGCCAAAUGCAAUGCCAACAUCCCAUGGGCCGGUUCAGCUACCAAUCCACCUGUGAGUUUAUGUGUAAAGAAGGACACACGCUGCGAAACUCCAGCUCUUCCACGCUGUUCUGUGGGGCAACGGGACACUGGAAUGAUUCACAACCCACUUGUGAAAUUGUAAAAUGCAAACAAGAGGACAUCACCCCACCAGAUCAUGCGAGCGUCCAGUGCUCCCAUCCUCAUAAAAACUUCUCAUAUGACUCUCAAUGUGAAUAUUUCUGUGAGGAGGGUUAUGAACUAAAGGGCUCCAAAACAACAAGAUGCACUUCUAGCACAGAGUGGUCAAACAAACCACCAACAUGUGAACGAGUUGAAUCUAGAGUACAUUGUAAACUGAACAUGAUACAUUUGACCAGAUGUUUUUUAAAACACUUUGAUAUUUUUUCAGCUGUUCAAUGUCCAGAGCUGACCAAGCCACAGGAAGGCCAAAUGCAAUGCCAACAUCCCAUGGGCCAGUUCAGCUACCAAUCCACCUGUGAGUUUAUGUGUAAAGAAGGACACACGCUGCAAAACUCCAGCUCUUCCACACUGUUCUGUGGGGCAACGGGACGCUGGAAUGAUACACAACCCUCUUGUGAAAUUGUAAAAUGCAAACAAGAGGACAUCACCGCACCAGAUCAUGCGAGCGUCCAGUGCUCCCAUCCUCAUAAAAACUUCUCAUAUGACUCUCAAUGUGUAUACUCCUGUGAGGAGGGUUAUGAACUAAAGGGUUCCAGAACAACAAGAUGCACUUCUAGCACAGAGUGGUCAAACAAACCACCAACAUGUGAACUUGUUCAAUGUCCAGAGCUGAUCAAACCACAGGAAGGCCAAAUGCAAUGCCUCCAUCCCAUGGGCCGGUUCAGCUACCAAUCCACCUGUGAGUUUAUGUGUAAAGAAGGACACACGCUGCGAAACUCCAGCUCUUCCACACUGUUCUGUGGGGCAACGGGACACUGGAAUGAUACACAACCCUUUUGUGAAAUUAUAAAAUGCAAACAAGAGGACAUCACCCCACCAGAUCAUGCGAGCGUCCAGUGCUCCCAUCCUCAUAAAAACUUCUCAUAUGACUCUGAAUGUGUAUACUCCUGUGAGGAGGGUUAUGAACUAAAGGGUUCCAGAACAACAAGAUGCACUUCUAGCACAGAGUGGUCAAGCAAACCACCAACCUGUCAAAUUAUUCACUGCCCAGCCCUUGACAGUCCUGUCAAUGGAGAGCUGAACUGCACCUCCAGCUUUAAUUACGGGAGCAAAUGCAGCUUGAGUUGUGUUGAAGGAUUCCAGCUCCAGGGAGCUUCAGAGAUCAGCUGUACAAAAACAGCAAAGUGGAGUCAGGAACCACCUCACUGUGAAGCAAUGGUCUGCCCACAACUUCAUGAGCCUAUUAAUGGGCAUAUAAACUGCUCAUCUGAAGAGUCCACCUUUAACACCGUCUGCAUCUUCAGCUGUCAUGAAGGCCACCAACUCGAAGACCACAGUAACGAGAUCGUGAUGUGCAACUACAAUGGGAGCUGGUCAGGGGAAGUGGCAGUGUGUCAAGCUUCUCCUGAUCCCUCUGCAUCACCCUUCGAAGUGACAGAAGUGACUCUUGGGGUUGGAGGUGCUGUCGGCGCCUCCAGUCUGGGCUUAGUUCUCUGGAUACUGAAGAGACUGAGGAGAAAAGCUAGCAAUUUUGACCUAAACAGUACCUCGGAUACUGAGGAUCCACCACAGUUUUAUAAGAACAGUGUUGACAGUCUCAUAUAGACCAAAAUACCAUCAAAUAGCAGACAGUAUAUAAGGACAACUGCCUCGCUGGAAUAAAAAUGUAUGUCAUCACAAAUGAUUUGAGACACUUGGAUAUUUUAAACUUUGAGCGGCAAUUUCAGUUACUAGGCAACAGUAACUGAAUGUAAUUUCUCCUUCCCAACGGAAGCGUUAAUUAUUUACUUGACUGAACAUAUUGUUCUGUAGCCUACUAUUUAAAUGUCCUAUUUUUAUGUUAUUAAUAUACACAUUUCUUGUACUAUUUAUUGUUCUUAAACCCUAUUGGUCCUAUUAAACUGUUUUAACAUAUAAACCAAUAAAGUGUGACAUUUAUGACAUCA